AUGUUACAAAUUGGAGACGAAGUUUAUUUCUCAGCGGUAUUUCUGCUGGUUCUAUUCGGGACCAGGAGCGCGAUUGGAGCAUCGGCCGUCACCGCAUCCAUUUACGUCUUUAUCGUGAUGUUUCGGUUCCCACAAGUACCGGCUGACCAGGCAAGUCAGGUGCUGCGGCCUACUGGCCUUGCGAGCGCCGGCGUCCCCGUGGUUGCGCACCGGGCAGGGGGACACGAUGCUCCGGAGAACACCAUUGCAGCGAUCCGAGAGGCCAGCAGGAAUGGAGCCACAGGGGUGGAGCUGGACUUGGGCUUCACUGCAGAUGGAGUGGCGGUGCUGAUGCACGAUGAGACGGUGGACCGCACCACCAACGGGACGGGAGCGGUGGGCACGCUACGUCUGGCAGAGCUCAGGACACUCGACGCCACGGGCAAACACAGGCUCAGGGAGAAGUUCAAGGGGGAGAGGGUGCCAACGCUUCAGGAGGCAGUGGAGGAAUGCAUCAACCACCAGCUGACCAUCUUCUUUGAUGUCAAAGAUCAACCUGAUCAGGCAGCUGCAGCCCUAGGGGAGAUGUAUCGCAAACACCCUGUCCUCUACAACUCCAGCAUUGUCUGUUCCUUUCAACCUAAACUUAUCUACAAGAUGCGUCAGGCGGACCCUGGGGUGGUCACGGCCCUGACCCACCGGCCCUGGAGCCUCAGUCGCUAUGGCGAUGGAACACCCCGUUCCCUGUCAGCGUGGACGAACUACUGGCUGGGAGUUCUGGAUGUGCUGCUGGACUGGGCCCACCAUCACCUGUUGUGGAACCUGUGUGGCGUUUCAGCCAUCCUCAUGCAGAAGGAUUUCAUCUCCCUGGACUAUGUCCAGUACUGGGCAGAGCGAGGGGUGGAGGUGGUGGGCUGGACCAUCAACACGGCCGUGGAUAAACAGUUCUACCAAGAUGUCCUGAAGAUCAGCUAUAUCACUGACAGCCUGAGGGAAGACUGUGAGCCUCACUACUGACUGACACACAACACACACACACUUCUAGACUACUACCUAACAAUAACACAUAGUUGUACAAGGACUCAGACCUCACUAUCAUAGGGAAUAUGAAUAUGGAGUAUGAAUGUACAGGACAGUACACAUCCAAUAUAGCUGCAUAGCAGAUCAUUUUCUAGUUCAGGUUGCCCCUUUUAACCAUAAUAGUUUUCACUGCAAACACUCAAACAAGAUCAUACAAUGUCAACCCUCAUUUGACAACUAUACAACACCAGCAAUAGCAACAUCAUCUCAGAAAUACUCUCUUGAACCAAUCAUCACACCACUAAAUGCAGACAAUUUGCUAAUUUGCCAUGUUGAAUUGUUCAUCUUCAUACUGAUCUGUGCAUUAGGAGAUUAGGCUACAUUCAUUAAUAUUGUAUUAACGAUAUGACACUAUAACAA